GUUAGUUGCAGACUCUGACGGUCGAGAAGUAGAUUCAGUAUGUCGUCUCCAAACACUACAGGUAGUGAGAAAGAGGUAGGAGAAAUACCAUUUACUCGGGAUGAGGUCUUGAAGUUGGGUGAAGCGUUAGUAAGGGAGCUACGAGAGCUUGCUGAAAGCGCCCAAGAAGCUUCCAAAAUCCUGCAUCGUCUUGCCGACGAAAUCGACGAGUUUUGCAAAAAAUGUAACAGAGGAAGAAUAGUCGGUUCUGUUACUUCGCUGUUGGGAUUCCCGCUUAUAGCUGUAGGUUUUGGUUUGUCAUUCGUGACAUUUGGAGCGUCGCUUGGUCUCUCAAUUGCCGGGGCAGCACUUAGUGGCACAGGAGGAAUCGCAGCCGCCGGUUCGGGUUUAGCUGAGCAUUUCAUGACCAAAUCCAAGUGCAGCGAAGCACAGGAAGCAUUUGAUUCUGUCCAUCAAAAGGCUGAAGCAUAUAAAGAGAAAUUAGAAAAACUUAAAAAGAUGAUCCCAUCUCCUGGUGUCUUGUCUGCCGUUAGACAUUCAAGUUCAUUUGCGACAAAUGCAGCGAGCGGCGUCGGGAUCCCAGUCUUAAAUGGCAUCAGGCUUGCAGCGGGAGUUGCAGACGACGCGGCCGCAACCGUUUUUAGAGGGCUGGGGACAGGGUUCCGAGUUCUGCACAUAGGAGGAUUUGUAUUUAGCGCAGUGCUGGUACCCUAUGAUAUUUACAUUUUGGCAUCGUCCUCCAUCAAGGAGCAUCGCAAGACCAGGUCUGAACAGGCCAAUAAGAUCAGAGAACUAGCCAGAAAAAUGGAUAGCUUGGCUCAAGAGUGGAACGCAGUUCUAAAUCCUGUAGAAGACAUGCCGGUUGAACUUGAUCAGCUAGACUUUAACGAGAUUUUGACCCGAACUCUAACAAAACUUUGUCUUAAAUAUAAUUUACAAAAGUUGGAAUAAGAAAUACCAAUACUGAUAGAUCAUUAAACUGAUUUCUCAAUAUCCCAAACUGCAAACAUGUACCGAAAUUGUACGUCGGUGAUUAUCCAGUAAGCUGUAUUAAUUUUCAUCGAAGAUAUUUUACAAUCAACUGUUGAAUAUUCUUAUCCGGUAUAGUAUUUGGUCUUGAGCUCGAGAAUACGGCCCCAGAUCAAUGUAAACCAUAGUUUGUCCAAGGCAGGGGAUUGGGAAUAAUUAUUCCUGUACACAUUAUGUUUAAGUUAUACAUGUUUUCAAUCCCUUCAAUUCUGGAAAAUGUAGUGAUCCUAAGACGGUUUUAAAAUUAUGAAGGACUGACUGAUUAAACCAAAUAUUAAAUAAUUGAUCUAAUUAUAACCAAUUUAAAAGUCCACAUAAAAUGUAUACUAGGUGUCUAAAUUCAAAACUGAACGGUAAGGUUGCUUUUUUAUCCCUUGUUAAAAAUUAAUAACUGUUAUCUUAUAUAUUUCCCUUGGGCAGAAACGGUUCGUUUUAGAUGUGAACAUGUUAGUUGAUGAUUCCGUAUGACCAGUCUUAUGAAAUAUUUCGCUGCAUCUCG